AGGGGUGGGGCGUGCGGACCGCGGGGCGGGGGGAGGGGGGGCGGCUCCCGCCCCCACCAGCCAUCUGGCCUUCCCGCCGCCAUGGCCGGCGUUCGCGCGGGUGCGCAGAUGCCGCAUCUGAGCAAGAUGGAGCGGGUGGUCGUGAGUAUGCAGGACCCCGACCAGGGCGUGAAGAUGCGGAGCCAGCGCCUGCUCAUCACCGUCAUUCCGCACAUGGUGGCUGGCAGCGACCUCGUGGAGUGGUUGAUCCAGAAGUACUGCAUCUCAGAGGAGGAGGCCCUGCACCUGGGCACUCUCCUGGUGCAGCACGGCUACCUGUACCCGCUGCGAGACCCCCGCUGUCUUGUGCUCCGGCCAGACGACACACCCUACAGAUUUCAGACGCCCUAUUUCUGGACAAGCACGCUGUGGCCAGCUACUGAGCUGGACUAUGCCAUCUACCUGGCGAAGAAGAACAUCCGAAAGCAGGGGGCCCUGGUCGGCCACGAGAAGGUGGGACGCUCCCCUAGGCUGAGGCCAGCCAGAGGAACCCAAGCCCUGCUCUUGACCCCGGGGCCUCAGUUUGCCCUGGAGCACACACACAGCCCAGGCCCCGGGAUGGUGCAGACACAAACACGGGAUCCCUAUAUGUCUCAGUGGGGAUGUGGGUGGUCCCUAACCCAGAGCUGGACAGGAGAGGGGUUGCCCAGGGUAGACCUCAACACCCUCCAGGAACACUAUGGCCAGCUGCACAGGAAGAUCAACCACGCAUGGGACCUGGUGGUGAUGCAAGCGAGAGAGCAGCUUCGGGCAGCUAAGCAGCGCAGGAAGGGGGACAGGCUGGUCAUGGCGUGCCAGGAGCAGACGUACUGGCUGGUGAAUAGGCCUCCGCCAGGGGUCCCCAGCGUCCUGGAGCAGGGUCCAGAGCGCAGUUCCUGCACUGCCGGGCAAGCGCAGAUGUCCCCACAGGGCCUGCCUUCUAAUUGCAGCCCGCCCGGCCCUUUCCAGAACAAGAAUAUAGAUUUCUACAAGCGAGAGAUGGAGCUGUGCAGAAAAGCCCUGGGCAGGGCCCGGGUGAAGUCCUCUGUCUGCCUUGAGGCGUACCUGAAGUUCAGCAGCCAACGUGAGCUGCAUGAUCCCAUCAUGUCAGGGUGCCUGCCUGGCAACCCCUGGGUCACAGAUGAUGACACCUACUGGACCAUGAACGCACCCAGCGUGGCUGUGCCCACGAAGCUCCGCGUGGAGCGAUGGGGCUUCAGCUUCCAGGAGCUCUUGGAAGACCCUGUGGGACGGGCGCAUUUCAUGGCCUUUCUCGGGACAGAGUUCAGCGCUGAGAACCUGAGCUUCUGGGAGGCAUGCGAGGAGCUGCGCCACGGAGGGCAGGCCCAGGUCCGCGUCAUGGUGGACGCCGUGUACCAGCAGUUCCUGGCCCCUGGCGCUGCCCGGUGGGUCAACAUCGACAGCCGGACGAUGGAGCGGACCCUGGAGGGUCUGCACCAGCCCCACCGCUAUGUGCUGGAUGACGCCCAGCUGCACAUCUACAUGCUGAUGAAGAAGCCCCCUCUUUGACUUAUAAGGGCCUGUGGUGACACUGAGCCCACCUGGACAAUUGAGGACAUCUCCCCACCUCAAGAUCGUUGACUUAACUCACAUGUGCAAAAUCCCUUUGCCUUAUAAGAGACACCAUCACAGUUCCAGAGGUUAGGGUAUGGACAUCUCUGGCAUCUUCCCCUCUGAAUGCCACAACCAAAAACUUACCUGUUUAUUCAAUUUGCUUGAAUUUGGGUCCAAACGAAGUCCAUAUGUCAGAAUGGGUUAAUAAAUCUCUUAAACCCCCUUUUAUUUAUUUAUUUUUAUUGUUUAAGUUUUUUUAUCUUGAGAGUGCGUGAACAGGGGAGAAGCAGAGAGAGAGAGAGAGAGAAUCCCAAGCAAUCUCCACACUCAGUGCAGAGACCACCUCGGGGCUUGAACCCCGCGAGAUCGUGACCUGAGACAAAAUCAAGAGUCGGAUGCUCAACUGACUGAGCCACCCAGGUGCCCCUUAAACCUCUUUUUAAAGCAGAGGCUUCUUCUCUACCUUUUCUUCUUUUUUUGUUUUGUUUUAAAGAAACUGGAGGUCCUUUGUCCUGUGAUUUCCCACAGUCUGGGUUUUACUAAUGGCGCCCUCGUGGUGUCCUUGUGUGUUUCUGCAGAUUGGUAGUUACGUUUAAGACUUGAUCGGAUUCAUCUUCAGUUUUUUCGUGUAUUUGGUUUUGCCAAGGGUCUUUACUUCAGAGAUGGUGUUCGGUGUGUUCUCCCAUCGGGAGGUACGUGGGGCCCGGGCGCCUCUCCUUUUGUGAUGGGAGCAGCCUGUGGCUUCGGUGCAGGCAAGGAGCUGGCCCGUCCCUGCCUCUGUUUAAGAGGGGGGACACUGCUCUGAGACACCUCUUCUCGCCUGCUCUUUGUGGCACAGUCGUUCAGGGAAGGCAGGAUCAGUGCUUGACCCCUUCUUUUAGUCACCAGUUUUCACAAUAAUGCAUCGUACCCACGGUGUCUGCCAAGGGUGGUAAGUCUGAGAUAGUUUUAACCCCGAUGUAAAUCCACACUCUCACCAGAUGACGGGUUUCGUUCCGCUCUGGUUCUUACCCUUAAUUCCCGUGCAGAGGUCCAGCCUGCCAGCUGUUGGCUCCUGGGGCAUUUGAUGUGUUCUGAAAUCCGUGCUGGCUUUCUUGCCUUCUGGUGUGGUGGCUUGUCCCCGGCUCCGCCUGUGCCAGAACUGGAGUCAGCCGUUUCCAUGGGAAGCCCUGGCUCUUUUUCAAGGGUGUUUAGAAACCUUGAUGCGCACGCUGAUGUGUCCACUGUAACCUGAACUGUUUCGGGCCCUUUCAGUGAACAGAAGUAGGAGUAUCAGUGUUUUAAACAGGAUACAUCAGGAGCUCGUACUGAUGCUUCCUUUUUUUAUUAUUAAUUUUUAGUUUAUUUGGGGGAGAGAGACGCAGUACUAGUGGGGGAGGGGCAGGGAGAGCGAGAGAGGGAGACACAGAAUCUGAAGCAGGCUCCAGGCUCUGAGCUGUCAGCACAGCAUCUGAUAUGGGGCUCAAACUUACGAACUGUGAGAUCAUGACCUGAGCCUGAGUCGGACACUUAACCAACUGAGCCAUCCAGGCACCUCUACUUUUUUUUUUUUUAAAGGUACAUUUAUUUAUUUUUGACAGAGAGAGCACGUGCCUGUGUGCGUGUGGGGGGAGGGGCAGAGAGACUCCCAAGCAGGCUCCAUGCUGUUAGCAUGGAGCCUGACUUGGGCUCGAACUCCCGAACCAUGAGAUCAUGACCUGAACAGAGAUCAAGAGUUAGAUACCCCGCCUACUGAUCCGCCCAGGUGCCUCGUGACACUGCUAAUUCAGGUUCAGGAUUAGAGAAUUUCCUUAACGUUGUUGACUUCCAUCUCUUUCCUCACUAACCCACUGAAAAUCUUGGUUCUCGACGAUGCUAACAUAAUGACUCACUUGCUUUUUUCUCACAUUUCACUCAGGAGUCUCAACAACACAGCAUUACCAUUUACCAUACAGUCACUGAAAAUGGUUUACUUUUUCCUCGGCUUGGUCCUCUGCACAUACCCUCCUGCAGACGCCCCCUCCAGCAGCUAUAUUCCGUGUGGCCAGGGUGGUGUCACCGA